AGCCCCACCCAAUUUGUCAAAACAACUGCUUUGUUCAAACAUGUCAGAACGUAUCAGGAAAGUGUCAAGAGAUGAAACCGCUGAAAACGAAGGACCUCCUUUGGAUGUGCACGUCGCUGUUAUGGCUGAUGAUUUAAAAAGCUUGCAAGAGCUCAUCCAGUCUGGAGCACCACAGCUACAUCACAAAACUCUUGAAACAGCUUUGCAUGUAGCUGCAAGAGCUCCAGCACUGGAAUGUUUAAAGUGGCUUUUGGAAAACUAUAUUAAUUCUCCGAAAGAUUGUGAUUACAAGGGCAGUACUCCGUGCCACUAUGCUGUGGUAUAUGGCAACCUUGAAGCUUUGAAGAUUUUGCUCAAUCAUGACGUAAAGAUUAGAAAAGAAUUAUCUGAAAUGAAAGAGGAGAAUGGUCUCACCAUAAUGGGUUUUGCAACAUUACAAGGUGAUUUAAAAACUGUUGAAUGGAUUUCAAAUAAUUUUCCUGGCCUUGCUUAUGUAAGAGAUAUAAGUGGAAAUUUACCAAUUCACCUUGCCGCUGCUGGAGGUGCGUUAGACAUAGUUAAAUUUUUGAUUGAUUGUUAUGGUAAAGAUUAUGCCUCCGAAUCUGGUUCUGAGAAAAAGUUCCAACCGUUGUAUUAUGCUGUUGAUAAAGGUAAAACCGAUGUUGUAAAAUAUCUCGUUGAUGAGGUGAAAGUUGAUCCACUUGCUAAAGCAAAAGGAGGAAUGACCACUCUUCAUGCUGCAGUUACAGCUCAUCAAGUGUCUAUUACUAAAUGGCUUAUUGAGAAACUCGGACCAAGUAUGAUUCUAGCUAAGUCUGAUGAUGGUGCUACUCUUCUUCACUUGGCAGCAGCUGAAGGCCUGCCAGAUUUGCUUGAAUUUCUGAUAGAAUCACUUCCAGACAAAUCAUCUGUUAAUGUUGUUGAUAACAGUGGUUCAACACCAGCUCAUGAUGCAUCUGAGUUUGGUGAACGUGAUACACUGCUUAUUUUAUUAAAGUAUGGAGCAGAUAUUUCAAUGACGAAUCAGAGUGGAGAAACACCUUUUGACUUAGCUGUUCAAAACAACCACAAUGACUUAAUUGGGAUCUUGGCUGAUUUUCGAGAAAAUAAGACAAAAGCACUCCAGUCCUACGUUCAAGACAAAAGUGAUACUGUUCGUACAAAAAGAGAAGAAGCUAAUGAAAUUACAGACCUAAUUCAACAAACUGCUGAUAUUGUUGAAAAAAGAAAAGAAGAAGAAGUGUCACGAAAAAUAUCUUUGCAAAGAUUAACUGAUGAAGAUGACUUGGAUGACAGUGGUGAUGAACUAGAACGGGAACUUAUGAAAGACAGAGAAAGUGAUCGAGUUAGUCGGUCAAAAUUAAGAGUUAGUAAGGAUGAGACUGAUGAUAUUCCUCAUGAGACAAGUGCAGAAGGACAUAUAUAUGCAAAAGUCAAGAAGAAAAAAUUGCCUCAGGAAAUAAAGAAAAAUUCAAGAGAUGAGCACAUGUCUGAAACUGGUUCUGUUGCCUCUUCUCAUCGUGUUGGAAGAAUAACAGCAAGUUCAUUAGAAUAUCAAAAGAAGAAAGGUAACAAGUUUGUAUCAGAAAAUGAUUCAACAUCUUCUGUUGGCACAAGUGUUAGCCGCUCCAAAAAAGUUGAUCAUUUCCAUGACCCAAGACAGUAUGGCUAUUAUCCCGGACAUUUCCAUCCUUUUGCUCAUUUUCAUCACAAAAGACCUCCCCGCAGUACUUCAGGAUCAAGCAUUGCCUCAACUGGUACAGGAGCACGGUAUCCACCUCAUCCACCAGCAUCAUUGCCUCCAGGCUAUCCACAGUAUCCUUAUAUGCCGGCAAUGGUAGCUCAGUACUAUGGAUAUCCAUAUCCACCUCAAUAUUAUCCAGUUCAUCCAAAAGCAAAAGGUAUUAAUGACAGAAUUCACAUGGAAGCAUUACAAAAAGCUAGUGCAGGUCAGUUUUUAUUCCCUCCACAACCAGGACCUUAUGCUGGAUAUCACCCACGAAAUUAUGGACAUUUUGGGGGGCAUAGAAAAAAUCGGCCUACUUCUGGAAAUUCAAGUGCAAUUAGUGUUCCUAUCAACAAAGGAAAGAGUCGUCAUACAGAUAGAGCUAUUGGAUUUGGCCCAGCAACACUAGAGGAUGUAGGAUUAGAGGAUCAAGCAAUAGAUCAUCCCGCUCCUCCUCCAAUUACUAAAGGAGGAAAGGUUGAUCACAAUCCUUCUGAAUUGGUUCAUGCCAAUUUUAUCAUGAUGAAGGCUGAUGAACAAGGAAAAAUUCCUUCACAAGCAUCAGAAGGAACAAAACUUCAACGUGCUAAGCAUCCUGACAAAUAUGAUGGAAGGUAUGAUGACUGCAUUGAAACAGAUUCAGAAGAUGAAAAAGAGCUACCAGAAUAUAUCAGUGUUGCAACUUUAGCAGAAAGUGCUUUAAUAUUGCUCAUGCUACCAAUACUUGGGUUGAAAGGGAUUGAAAAGCAUCGUCCUGAGGAGCAGAAGUUGUCUCCAAAAGCUUAUGAUGCAAUGGAAGCUCAAAAAACAUCAAAGCAGUGGAGCAGUCAGCAAAAUUCAGCCGAGCAAGUGAAGAAACGCAAGAAUCAAGAUGUUAACGAUUGGUCUGAAAUGUUAGGUGUCUCAUUAGCAGCACCUCAAACAUCCAUGUCUAAAGAUAUUAGUGGAUCAAUUCGUGCAAGAAAUUUUGCUUUUCAAGAGCUGAAGCCCUCACCACUUCAUCAGUCCAUGAAUUCACUCCCAGUAAAUGAUGAUGAGAAUGAUGAUGAUGAUAUUAUAUCUGUAGUCAUUGGUGGUGAAACAGAAGAAGAAAAGAAAAUUAGAUAUUCUAGUAAGCAUGAGAAAUUGGUGAAGAGAGACGGAAAAUCAAGAAGCCGUGAGGGUUCAACAAAAAAGACAAGAUCUCACAAGGAAAAAUCCAACAAACAAGAAAAAACUGAGAAACAAAAAAAGAGAACAACAAGUGCAAAGGAAUCUAGCAAAAGGAAAUCGACUAAAAAGACAACUCAAAAGAAAGAGACUGUUGAAACCGGCACAGAUCAAAAGAAGAGUAAAAAGAAGAAAAUGACAGUGAAACCUUCUUCAGAAAAAGACACUGUAGUGCAGUUGAAGAUAGUUGAUCAAGAGAAGGCACCUCAUGAAUCUUCUGAGGUUGUAACAUCUGUCACUAUUGAUACUGGAGGUCACAAGCAACCUGUUGAAGUCCCCAACAUUGCUAUCAUUUCUGAUUCAGACAAUGAUGAGCCAAAGGAAAGAAAUCUUGCAUCCCCAUCUUCUCAAGGAAGCGUUGAUGUAGACCAUAUAUUUGCUGAUACUGAGAAAGAGAUUGAGCAAAUGCUUGCUGGUAUGCCUAGAUCUUCCAGUAUGGAUGGUGAGCAGCAAGAACUAAGCUUUAUGAAUCAUGAACAGGGAAAUGGACAACUUGAAAAACUUGAAGUUAUGUUCCCACAGAAUUCAGCCCAACCAGGUCUGGGUACUGAUGAUUUCUUAUCUGUAAUUGAGGCUCUUAAUAUGAAGCCAGAAGACUUGACACCACAACAAGAGGCUAGAGUUACCCUGAUACAGAAUAUUAUACAAGGCAAAGAUCCUCAAUUAAAAGCACAACUGUUGUCAUUGAUGUCUCAAAGUGGAUGGACACCUGUUGGUGAUAAAAUGGAAGAUGUCUCCAGUACUCAAUUACUUGCUGAUAUUGAGAAUAAACUAUUGGAGUCACAGGAAAACCAACGUAAGGAAGCCGAACGUUCAAAAGCUGAACUUUCAGAAACCAUCCAAAGAGGUCUUGCAGAGCACAUGAAGAGCUUACAGUUGCAGCUUGAGCAACAACAGAAGGAAUUUCUAGAACAACGCAAGCUUUUUGAGCAAGAAUGGAAGGCAACACUUUCGAAGCAUAGGCUGAGUAGUGACAGUGAUUCAUCGGAUGAUAUGGUACAAGCCACACCACAUCCUGUUAUAGCAAAUGCGAGAGGGCGAACAAAUACCAUGGAAGCAAAAUUGCAGCACCAGUCUCCACUAAAAUGGGAAGAUUUUGACAAGAGAAACGAUCGUAUACCAGACCCUCCUCCUUUGCCUGGUGUGGCAUAUUUACUAGAUGAAGUUGAUGAUCCUGCUGCCAAAAGGAUAGUAAAGGGACAAAGAAGAAGCACUACAUUUCAAGUGCAACAGACAAAUAGAGCUCUUGAGAAGUUCGAAUCUCUAGACUUGUUAGACAUUGAAGAUGAUGAUGACUAUGAUGACGACGAAUCUGAUGAAUUGACAAUGGCAGAGGCCAAACUUGCAACAAGAAAAAGAGCAGAUAUUCUUAAAGUUCAAGAAAGCAGGCAAAAGAAGAGCCUUGAAGCUUUUGUUCAGAACACAAAAUUAAAUACAGCAAACACAAUUACAGUAUCGUAGGAACUACUUGACUUUUUGCAAUACUUAAUUAUAAUUCCUUUUUAAAUAACAGUUUCUGUAAAUCA